UCAACAGAAGAUACAGACGAUAGGCUUAAGAAUUAUUAUCAUAAAAUGGCAGACAUGCAUGUUAAGAACAAUAACUAUAAAUCUGCAUAUGUUUACUACUCAGAAGCAGCUGAGAAGUACUAUCAAGCCUCAAAGAUGGCCAAAAGGGAAGACCUAGUGGAGGAUAUGAAAGAAAAAUGUGCAAAGGUACUUAAAAAAGGUGAGAUUUGAAAGAAGAGGCAUAAAGAAAGCUUGAAAGAUAUGGACGGAGAGCUUAACAAAUCAAAGAAAGUAAAACUUUUUAAGCACCUCUCUCUUAAUGAGCAGAAGUAUGUUUUUGAAAAUAUACAUAUUUAUAAAGACCUUGCCAAGAGUUAUACUACUGCAUUUGGUAAAACGAAGGAUAAUCAAUUCCUGCAUGCAGUUUUUGAAUCAAAUAAACAAGCAGCAUUUGCUUACAUCCUAGGGUCAAAAUACUGUGACGAUGAUGUUCUCUGUCUCAAAUGGAAUGCAGAAGGAAGAAAAUUACUUGAAAAAACAGAGGCUUUGAAAGAAGAAAUCUCACAAGAAGAGAAAUAUGAUAAGUGGGACUGGUUGAAGAAUAAAUAUACAAGUGAUGAAAGAUUGGUUAUUAACAGGAGUUCAAUUUUCAAUGGAAUUAAGGUGAACGCAUGGCUUGUAGAAGACGGAGUUGUCAACAUCAUUCAAGAGAAGGUUUAUCAAGACCCAGAUGGAUUCCCAGCUCUUUCUAAUAGUCAAAACAAACACUUUGUUGGAUUUAAAAGACCAAGAGAUUUUAUACAGAAGAAGUUCAAAAAUCCUGUCAUUAAUAUUGGUGAUAAUGUUUCAGGAUUUGAGGUGAAUCAGAAUUCUGUGGGAGAUUGUUCAGUUGUGGCAAGUUUAGCUCUUUCAGGGCACCUUGAGUCCAAGCUCAAUUACACUAAGAGGAUAAUAACAUGUAAUAUUUACCCUCAGGAUAAAUAUCGGAAUCCUAUUUACAACCCUUUUGGUCAGUACGUUGUCAAAUUGUACGUAAAUGGAUUAUGGAGAGCAGUUAGAGUUGAUGAUUUCUUUCCGGUUGAUUAUGAUAACAACGUUUUAUGCUGCUACUCUACAAAAGGGAAACUGUGGUGUUCUCUCUUAGAGAAAGCCUACCUUAAGAUGUGCAAUGGGUACAACUUCGCAGGGAGUAACACUUCAAGAGAUUUGUUUAUUUUCACUUCUUGGUUGCCAGAAAGAAAGAAUUUUGAGAAGGAUUUCUCAAACAAAGAUGACUUAAACAAUCUUUGGGAGAGACUUGUUAGAGCUGACAAAACCAGAGAUGUAAUGGUCUCUAUCAGCACUGGAAAUCUUCCUAAUGCUGAUGAUCUAGGCUUGGUGGAGAAUCACGCUUAUGCAGUCCUAGAGUUUAUGGAGUUUGAGGAUAAAAAAUUUGUGAUGGUGCUUAACCCUUGGGGAAGAUUUUAUUGGAAAGGGGAAUACUCUAUUGAUGAUACAUCCUCUUGGACACCUGAAUUGAAAGAAGCUCUUCAUUAUGAUUAUCUCAAGGGAAAAGAUAAGGGGAUUUUCUGGAUCGAAUGGGAAACCAUGGCAAAUGUCUUUGAGAUUAUUGAGAUGAAUUGGAAUCCGAGUAUGCUAAAGUAUAGCGCAACCAAGUUUGGUCUUUGGAGGUUUGAGGACAUGGUGGAUGGGUUUGAAGAUCUUUCAAAGACCCCUCAAUUUGUUCUCAAGUACAUGCCCAAUGAAGGCGAUCUGACUUGCAGUACUUAUCUCUGGGUUGUCCUGAGUAGACUCAUUCUUGAUGAUAAUGAAGACUUCUCAGAAAAUGAAGAAGGCAAAGAAGUAGAUUACAUAUCGGUACACUUGUUAGAGAACAAGCAUAAAGGAGGAGUAUUGCACAAAAUGAAGAAUAUUCUUCAGAAAAAUGUCUUUACUACUGAACUCACCUAUACCUUCAGAAUUCAUAUUGAAGAACAUCUUCUCAAGAGAACUCUGAGUUUAAUAGUAGCUCAAGAUUCACGGAGAAAGGAUCUUUAUUACAGUUUGAGAAUAUUUAGUAAUGUAAACUUUGCACUUGAUAAGGCUGAAUCUUAUGAGAAUCAAUACGAAAUCCCAGUUGAGCAAGAAGAUGGAGGAGGUACUCCAAAUGAUGACUCAUUUUAUCUUAAUCCUCAUAUCUUCUUUAAGGCAAAGAGAUCAUCUCCAAAGAGAUUUAACUGAUGGCUGUCUUACAAUGUUCAUGGAUAUGACACUGCAGUUAAGAUAUUUUUAAUGAGGGCUAGUAAGCCAGAGAGGAUAGAAUAUAUCACGACUGACAACCAAGUUGGAGAUGAUGACUCUCCUUACUACAAUAAAAAUUGUGCUACCCACUUUAUUCUGAACAGAGAUCAAUCUUAUAUGGCAGUUGUGUCUAGUUUCAAUCAAGGCGAUCCCAUUCCCGGAGUAUUCACAAUCAAGUCCAAUGUGCCUGUGACUUACAAGCUAUUAGAUCCUCUUUAA